AUGCCGAACUGUCUCACCAAACUGUUCCUGGGUGAACGCAGGCCCAAAGAGGUCGACGAUGGUUUUCCGUACAGACAAUUGGGCGUCCUGGCAAUAUGUCGCCUAUGCGAACCAAUCGCCUUCAUGUCAAUAUUCCCCUAUGCAUACCGCAUGAUUGAAUCCUUCAAUAUCACCCAAGAUGAAUCACGAAUAUCUGUUUAUUCAGGCAUGCUCAUUACCGCGUUUGCUUUUGCCGAGUUUUCGACCGGAAUGCUUUGGGGUCAAGCCAGCGACCGCUUCGGCCGCAAACCUGUCUUGAUCAUGGGUCUUGCGGGGACAGCGCUGAGCAUGAUAUGCUUUGGGUUUGCGCCCAAUUUGCCGUGUGCGGUUCUCGCUAGAGCCCUCGGCGGCCUCUUGAACGGCAACGUGGGGGUACUUCAGACCACUGUAGCAGAGCUCGUGACAAAAAAGGAGCAUCAGCCUCGUGCGUAUUCCAUUAUGCCGGUGGUAUGGAGCAUUGGUUCCAUCAUUGGACCGUCGAUAGGCGGAGCCUUGGCCAUGCCAUGUGACACUCUGGGAUUCCCUCGAGGCGGCCUCUUCGACAAAUUCCCCUUCUUGUUGCCCAACCUUGUCUGUGUUGCAGUGCUCCUUUGCGGUAUUACUGUGGGCAUUCUGUUUCUCGAAGAAACACAUGCAGAGAAAAAGGGUCGCCCAGAUUUCGGCCGUGAGUUGGCGAAGACGCUCUUCAAACGAUGCAGGACGGAAAAGCAUCCGUCACAGCACGGUGAAACUGGCUUUGCAAUCGGAGACCAAAUGGACUUUUUUGACCAUGACGAUCCGCCUCCGGGUUACCAAAGUACGGAGAACUCGCCAUUGCUGCGCUCCGCCUCAACGGUAGAAAUGGACUCGGAGAUUCUGCGGGAGAAGGAGUCGCGCGGCGCGGUCAAUGCCUUCAAUAAGCAGGUGAAUUUGAUCAUUGUCGCAUACGCAAUUCUCGCCUACCAUAGCGUUUCAUUCGAUGCCCUGAUGCCCACCUUUCUUAGCGAAGAACGAAUGCAGACAGAACUUGUUCUUCCCUUCAAAUUCUCAGGAGGUUUUGGCCUCAGCACUCGAGCUAUCGGUUUCAUGAUGGCAGUGCAGGGCGCCUAUUCGAUAUUCGCCCAAUUCUUCAUCUUCCCUUUUCUGGCCAGACGGCUUGGACCUCUCUAUGCGUCUCGGCUGGCGAUGACUAUUUGGCCACUGCUGUAUUUUGCAGUACCAUAUCUGGUUCUCCUUCCCGAGCAGCUGCAGAAAACGGGCAUCUACAUCUCUCUUCUGACCAAAAUCACGUUUCAAGCCAUAUCAUUUCCCUCGAACGCAAUUCUUCUUGCUAAUGCCGUGCCCUCCAAGAGUGUGCUCGGGAAAGUUAAUGGCUUUGCUGCAUCGAUGGCGUGCUUGGCCCGCGCCUUUGGACCCGUUGUGACGGGAUUCGUGCACACCUAUGGACUGUAUCUUGGUUGCAGCGGGUUGGCUUGGUGGGCGGGCGGCCUGGUUUGCGCCGCUGGAGCUCUGGAGAGCUACUGGAUGGAAGAUCCCGAUGGACGUCUGGAUCGUCCUUCGAGUGAAGGGGAAGAGCGCACCUGCGAACCGUUACUGCACCCUUCUGUGGUCGAAGCAAACGAUGAAUGCGUCUCACCUCGCAGUGAGCGGUUGGCUUUCAUCGACAACCUGGAUCUUGCAGAGACCACACCGGAGAAAGCAUGA